AUGUCCACAGGUCCUGCACCUACUCCGCAAACCGUCACAUCCAACCUACCACACUACAGCCACCCACAACCGCCGUUAUUACAGCCGGGUCCCGCGCAGUAUGCCCAGGCCCCUUACUCCCAGUACGGUGGAUACUCGAACGGGUUGACGUCUCCGCAGUCUGCUCCUCCCGUGUCAAAUUCCAUGGGGAAUGUUCUUCCCCCGCCCGGUGUUCACCAGCCAGGCAUGCAGAGCAACUACCAGGGUAUGGAUACGACAGGCCAAGUGGCGCCGCCCGGCAUGAAGCCGCGGGUGACCGCAACGCUUUGGGAAGACGAAGGCAGUUUGUGUUUUCAGGUCGAAGCUAGGGGCAUCUGUGUAGCUCGUCGUGAGGACAACCACAUGAUCAACGGUACAAAACUCUUGAAUGUUGCUGGCAUGACCAGAGGUCGACGUGAUGGUAUUUUGAAGAGCGAAAAAGUUCGCCACGUUGUCAAGAUUGGGCCGAUGCACUUAAAAGGCGUUUGGAUCCCGUUCGAACGCGCUCUAGAUUUUGCCAAUAAGGAGAAGAUCACAGAAAUGUUAUAUCCUCUCUUCGUUCACAACAUUGGUGCUUUACUUUACCACCCAACCAAUCAGACGAGGACCAACCAGGUAAUGGCCGCAGCCGAGCGUCGUAAGGCAGACAUGGCCAACAACCAGAUGCGCAAUGGUCCAGGUGGCCCUGCACCUCCUUCAGGCGUUCUUCCCUCGAUUCAACAACAUCACCAUCACAUGGGGCUACCAGGCCCACAGCCCUCUGUUCCUUCCCACAACUCCUCUGGCCGACCUUCGUUGGAUCGCGCCCAUACUUUCCCCACGCCACCAACUAGUGCUUCGAGUGUAAUGGGUGGCAUGCCUUCGGACAAUUACCAGUGGCCCCAGCAAGGAAUGAGCGGAGCCCCAAGCGCUAAUCCUAUGUCGAUAGACACUGGUUUGAGUAACGCGCGAUCAAUGCCUGCGACGCCGGCAACCACCCCUCCUGGAGCUUCAUUACAGAGUAUGCAACAACAGUAUCCUCAACAAGGACAACAAACUUACGACAACUCGCGUGGUGCGUACAACGCCUCAGCUGGCCAACAAACCUCGUACAACCCCUCCAACACCAGUCCGUCGGACCGCGAUUCAUACGGCCAAGGCUACAUGAGAGGGGACAUGGCUCCGCCAACAGGAAGACCUGCUGGUACUGGUGAACAAGACGUGAAGCCUCCGAACGGCAUGAUGCACUCUUCCCAGUCUGGGGAGCAGCUUCAAGAGCAGGCUGGCGAGGACGAAGCUGAUCAUGAUCCAGCUUACACACACAAUAGUGGAGCAUACGAUACGAACAGGAACUCGUACGGCUACAGUGCUCCAUCGUUAGCUCCUCUCUCCAACCAUGUACCAGGGGAUAUUGCCGGAUCUGAAGGACAUCAGACAGGUUCUGGCCGAGCAACACCCAGGACCGCCGAUCCUUCGCAAGGUUACUACUCUCAGCAGACAGGUUACAGUUCUCCAGCUCGGGUCCAGUCUUCAAGUAACCUCUACAGUGUGAUGAGCAACGACAACCGUGCACCUGCUUCUGGUGGAGAAGUUUAUGGCUCACAAGACAUGUCCGCCAUGCAGAAUGGCUAUGUAGCCCCGCCUAUCAUGAACGGCGCUUCUGGCGGUAUGAAGCGCGGACGGGAUGACGAGGAUGAGGUGUCUCGACCUGGUAGCGGAGGUUUCGACAUCAAACGCAGGAAAAUGACGAUUGAUGGUUCUAUGCCCACGACCAAUUUUGACCCUAUGAAUCGACCGGCUUCGGUUGCUUCCGGACUGCACCGAUGA